CCGUCCAAGCGUAUAUAGCAAAACAAAAGCUGAGGAGAGCUUCUCUCGCGUGUGCUCAUUUGGACCGAAAGGAAGGAUUAGCUGCACAAGUUCUUGUUACAACAGUUGUUGCCGAGCACUCGACCAAGUGACCAUAUCAAGGAUUAUAAGAUGCUAGAAGUCCAUCUGUGUAGCCGAGAAUCGUCGGUCGUCGUGGUCGUUGUAUGUCGAUGAAGAGUGGAUUAGAUAACAUAUAUAGUUUUUUUCUUCUCAAGCAUCAAGUGGUUCCUCGUGAUAUAGAAAAGUGACAAGACUUCCAUAAACCGUUGCGGUUUGCAUUAGACAAAGUUGAAUAAACUUUAUAGAAGAAGGAGGAAAACAAAGUGUAAAAAGAGGACUAGGUAUCUUUCUCGAACAGUUAACAAAACUCGUCCUGAGACAGCAAUAUUCGAAUCUGUUCCGUAAUUUCUCAAGUUGAUAGCAGAAAGACCUCAAAACAAUCCGUGUUGGUGACUAUGAAAGAUUUGAAAGACCUGUCGGCACUUCAGUUAAAAUCUCACCAGGCGAUCAAAAGCAGCAAACGCACCAAAUGGAAUGUGCCCAUCUCUGACUUUGCCCGGCUCACCCACAAUCCGAUCCGAGCCAUCGUCGAAGGUUUGAAGAUCGUGCCGAAUCCGGACAAACAACUGAUUGCGCUUUCGAUCGGUGAUCCGACUACAUUCGGCAACCUCAAGCCCGCUCCGGAAAUCAUCGACGCCAUCCGCAAGGCCGUCGAUAACGGCUCACGGAACGGCUACGGACCCAGCACCGGAUUUCCCGAGGCUCGCCAAGCCGUCGCCGAGUACGUAUCGCACCAGGGCGAUGUUACACUGAACGAUGUCAUCCUUUGCAGUGGUUGCAGCUGUGCACUGGACCUGUGCCUCUCGGUCCUAGCCGGCCCAGGCCAGAACAUACUGAUCCCGAAGCCAGGAUUCUCCAUCUACCGCACCCUGGCCGAGGGCUUCGGAGUUGAAUGCCGUUACUAUGACUUGAUACCGGAGAAGAACUGGGAAGUGGACCUGGAACAACUGGAAUCGCUGAUCGAUACGAACACGGCUGCCCUGAUCGUGACCAAUCCGAGCAACCCGUGCGGAAGCGUCUUUAGCAAGAGCCACCUGGAAGCCAUCCUGGACAUUGCCGAGAAGCACUAUCUUCCGAUCCUUGCCGACGAAAUCUACGAACAUUUCGUAUUUCCGGGUCAGGAGUUCUUCGCGGUCAGUUCGCUGUCCAAGAAGGUACCGGUGCUAUCGUGCGGUGGACUGACCAAGCGUUUCCUGGUUCCCGGAUGGCGCAUGGGUUGGAUUGUGAUUCACGAUCGGGAUAAUCUGUUCCAAGACGUUCGCAAAGGACUGGCCAAUCUGUCCGCGCGAAUCCUCGGAGCCAACACCCUGGUGCAGGGUGCACUGCCCGACAUCCUGAAGAACACUCCCCCGGCGUUCUACGAUGACUUGGUUUCUACCCUUUAUCGACAUGCCGAGAUGGCGUUCAAGUCGAUUAAGCAUAUCCGUGGGCUCCGUCCGAUCAUGCCCGGUGGGGCCAUGUACAUGAUGAUCGGCAUCGACAUCGAACGGUUCCCGGAAUACGAGACAGAUCUGGAGUUUGUCCAGGGCCUGGUCGCCGAGCAGAGCGUGUUCUGCCUGCCGGGCCAAUGCUUCGAGUAUCCGAACUACAUCCGGAUUGUGCUCACCGCUCCGGAGGAUAUGAUCGUCGAGGCGUGCAAGCGUUUGGAGGAGUUUUGCGACAAGCACUACAAGCUGGACGAUAACGUCAUUUUGAAGCAACAGCAGAAUGGUUUCCUGGCCAAGCUGGCGCAGUACUGAGCCUGUGUUUUUGUUUUAUCUCGUGUGCCAUUGUUUGAACGAGGUGCCACAUGGCGAGGAAGGAAUAUUUUACUCUUCUUAUUCUACAGUGCCUUUCGAGAUUGAAUUGUUUAACUCACACUUAUAAACCACAAGUAUAGCCAACUGCAUUUUAUAUAUC